AUGAAGAACGAGCUCACCCGUCUGGGCCGUCUGAUCUUCCGCGGCUACGAGCGCGUGGACAACGCAGGUUCCACAGCGCGCGACCACCUUGCCAACGAACGCACGUACCUGGCGUGGGCACGCACAUCGCUCGGACUCAUCGGGCUUGGGAUCGGCGUCGAACGCUUCGAGAGGUUCCGCGCAGACCUGAAGUCGCAGCUGGCACCGGCAUCCGCGGAGAGCCAGCGACUGCACGACCAGCAGGUGAAGCAUGGGCGACAGCUGGCGGGGACGCUUGUAGGGACGGGGGUAACGACCAUGGUUUUGGGCACCUGGAGAUAUUAUGCGACGCUGCACGAUUUGCAGCGUGGCCAGUUUCGACCAAACGUGCAGGGCAUAGCGCUCGUUGCGAUCGGCUCUGCCUUUGUGAUAGCGGCAGUGGUCCAGAGUGAGCUGAAAGGGGACAAGCAGAACCCAGAGUUUGCGAGACAUCCUGACUUGGAUGGCGUCCGCAAGACGAUUGACCGGAGACCAGAGCUGAAGGUUCCGGUCUUGGCAGAGAGCCAGGGAAAUUGA